AUGGCGCCGAUAAAACGAAAGGGGAACGCCCCUGAAGAGACGGUUUCCCGUCAACCACAAAAGCGCGCUAAGGUCGGCGCAGAGGAACCCAAAAAAGAACAAAAGCCAGAUACCGCCCCGAAGCCUUCGGAGCUCUCUGUUCUUCGUGAUGAUGAGCCAUCUUUCCCUCGUGGCGGUGCUAGCGUUUUGACCGCAUUGGAACGCAAGCAAAUUCAGAUUCAAGCCACCAGAGAUGUCCUGUUCGAGUCAAAGGGAUCAAGGAAACCUUCAACUCGCGAAGUUGACGAAGACGACGAUAAUGAGGAUGAUGAUAUGGAGGACGCAGACGCCGAGGCCCCCGCAAAGAAAUCACGCAAGAAGAAGACCAAGGGCAAGAAGUCCGACGUCAAGGAAAAGAAAGAGAAGCCUAGCGUUCGCAUUGAGCCUCUCAGCUUUAAGCGUAUUGUACCCGGAUCCAUGAUUCUCGGUCAGGUUUCAAAAAUUACCGCCCACGAAAUCGCACUCUCUCUGCCAAACGGUCUUGUCGGCUUUGUUUCUCUCACUUCCGUUUCGAAGGUUCUCGAUGAUAAAAUUCAGAAGCUGCUCAACGAAGAGGAGGACGACGAUGACGAAGACAGCUCGGAUGAAGAUUCUAUCGACCUCAAGGACUACUUCUACCUAGGUCAGUACCUGCGUACUUAUGUAGUUUCUACUGGCGCCGAGGCCGUCGAGGCUGGUGGUCGCAACAAGAAGCGCCUUGAGCUUGCCAUUGAUCCCAGACAAGCCAACACUGGUCUCUCUAAAUCCGACCUGGUCAACGAAACCGCUAUCCAAGCAUCCGUCCUCAGUGUUGAAGAUCACGGUCUGGUUAUGGACCUUGGUAUUGAGGGCUCAGAUUUGAAGGGUUUCAUGUCUUCUAAGGAAAUUGACCCUCGCGUGGACUACCACAGCAUCAAGGAGGGUUCAGUCUAUCUGUGUAUCGUGACAGGACAGAACGCCAGCGGAAACGUGAUCAAGCUUUCCACCAACCUUCCAUCAGCCGCCAAUAUUAAGAAAUCGCAUUUCCUGAACGCUGCCCCAACAAUCGGCUCGUUCCUCCCCGGUGUUGCUGCUGAGAUUCUUCUGACUGAGGUCACCGAGAAUGGCAUGAUGGGAAAGAUUAUGGGUAUGCUCGACGCAACUGUCGAUCUGGUCCAGUCCGGUGCCAAUGAUGGCAAGGUCGAUCUGGUACGGAAGUUCAAGAUCGGAGCCAAGAUCAAGGGUCGUGUCAUUUCUACUUACCCAUCCGCCGAGCCUUUGAAGGUCGGCUUCUCGCUGCUUGACCACGUCCUCAAGCUUUCUUCUGAAGCUUCUGGCCCUACUUCAUCUACCGAGGCUCCUGCUAUCUCUGCCAUCAUCCCCGAGACCAAGAUCAUCAAGGUCGACCCCGGCUUGGGUGUGUACGUUCAGAUUGGCGAGACCAAUCACCUUGGAUUCGUACACAUCUCCCGACUGUCAGAUGGUAAAGUUGAAUCCAUCUCAGAUGAUUCAGGUCCAUUCAAGGCUGGAAACACUCACGAAGCACGAGUUGUUGGUUUCAACAUGCUCGACAACCUUUACCUCCUUUCUUUCGAGAAGACUGUGAUUGAGCAGCCCUUCCUUCGUCUUGAGGACGUCACUGUCGGAGCUAUUGUUAAGGGCAAGAUUGAGAAGCUCCUUGUCGGAGCCACUGGUAUGGAUGGUUUAAUCGUCAGCCUUGCAGAUGGUAUCUCCGGUCUUGUCCCGUCCAUGCACUUUGCGGAUUCCCAGCUUCAAUUCCCAGAGAAGAAGUUCCGCGAGGGCCUGAAGAUUUCCGCGCGAAUUCUUUCAGUCAACCUUGAGAAGCGCCAGAUUCGUUUAACUUUGAAGAAGAGUUUGCUUAACAGCGAAUCUGCCAUUUGGAAAGACUACAAGGAUAUCUUGGCUGGAGCCCAGUCUCCUGGAACUAUUGUUAACCUUCAGCCUCAUGGUGCUGUUGUUCAAUUCUACGGCACUGUCCGUGGUUUCCUCCCUGUCUCCGAGAUGAGUGAAGCAUACAUCAAGGACCCUGCCCAACAUUUCAAGCUCGGCCAAGUCGUCAAUGUGCAUGCCCUUAGCGUUGAUGCAUCCCAAGGUAGACUUGCAGUUUCUUGCAAGGACCCAUCUACAUUCACCGAGAAGUACCGCAAGGCCUUCGAGGAUAUUCACCCUGGUCUGCUCCUUGCUGGAACCGUUUUCGAAAAGUCCAAUGACGAUGUUCUUCUCAAGCUUGACGAGUCCGGUCUUGUGGCUCGUUUAGAUGUCCAGCACGUCAUUGACGGAUCCCCCUCUAAGCAGCACUCUACUCUUUCCAAGAUUCGUGUCGGCCAAAAGCUGAACGACCUCAUGGUUCUCGACAUUCAGCGCGCUCAUCGCCUUAUCCGAGUCACUGCCAGAGCCAGCCUUAAGAAGGCCGCCAAGCAGUCCACCAUUCCUGGACAAUUCAGUGAUAUCCAAGAGGGCUCAAAGGUUACUGGUUUCGUCCGCAACAUUACUCCUGCGGGUCUUUUCAUUGAGUUCCUCGGGGGUCUGACUGGUCUUGUUCCCAAGCGUCUCAUCGAAGAAGACAACCUCUCUCAGGUUGAGUUUGGAGCUUCAAAGGGCCAGACUGUCUCUGUGACUAUUCACUCUGUCGACAAUGACGCCCAGCGCUUCAUCCUGAGCCAGAAGUCGGCUGAGGCAGCCCAACCGGGUCCCAAGCAGGCUAAAGUUCUCAACCAACCAAACGACGCCCUUUCCAACCCAGUUGACGACACUGUCAGCACUCUUUCCGAUCUCACCUUCGGCCGGAUCGUUAAGUGCAAGGUCGCCAACAUCAAGUCCACUCAGAUCAACGUCCAGCUCGCAGAUAACAUUCAGGGUCGUAUCGAUGUCUCUGAGAUCUUCGACAAAUGGAAUGAUAUCAAGGACCGCAAACAGCCUCUCCGGUUUUUCAAGGCCAAGCAGGAGUUGUCUGCUAGAAUUCUCGGUGUGCACGAUGCCCGCAACCACAAGUUCCUUCCUAUCUCCCACCGCAGUGGCAAGUAUCCCGUCUUUGAGCUUUCGCUGAAGCCCAGCUUCCUCAAGGCCGCCAGCGCUGAGCCCUUGACCAUGGAUCAAGUCAAGCUUGGAUCCUCCUGGAUGGGCUUUGUCAACAAUGUUGCUGAUGAUUCCCUCUGGAUCAACUUGUCCCCCAAUGUCAGAGGUCGUCUCCGCUUCAUGGAUGCCUCCGAUGAUUUGUCUCUCUUGACAGAUGUCGAAAAGAACUUCCCCAUUGGAUCAGCACUGAAGGUCCAGGUGACUGCUGUCAAUGCUGAUAAGGGCCACUUGGAUCUUUCUGCUAAGCAAGGGCUCGAUAAGCUUUCCCUCAACGACAUCUCUGUCGGUAUGGUCUUGGCUGGUCGUGUGACCAAGAUCACCGAGAAGCAAGUUAUCAUGCAACUUAACGAUGCCCUCGUUGGUGCCGUUAACUUGAUUGACAUGGCCGAUGAUUACUCCAAGGCCAUCCCUACUGUGCACCAGAAGAACGAGGUCCUUCGGGCUUGCGUUGUUGCCGUUGACAAGCCAAACAAGAAGAUUUUUCUAUCCCUUCGCCCCUCCAAGGUUCUAAGCUCAGCGCUCCCUGUUCAGGACCCUGAGAUCUCCUCUAUCAAGGACCUCAAGGCCAAUGAUAUUGUCCGUGGAUUUGUCAAGCGCGUCACAGAUGCUGGUCUCUUCAUUACCCUUGGUCAUGAUGUCAAUGCCUAUGUUCGUAUAUCUGAUCUCUCCGAUUCCUACCUUAAGGAAUGGAAGGAUUCUUUCCAGGUGGAUCAACUUGUCAAGGGUCGUGUCAUUCUGGCGGAUGCCGAGCAGGGUAAGCUGCAAUUGAGCUUGAAGGAGUCCGCCUUGGACCCUAACUUCAAGGCUCUUGUUACUCUCCAUGAUCUUAAGGCUGGCCAGAUCGUUACCGGAAAGGUCCGUAAGGUCGAGGAAUUUGGUGCCUUCAUUGUUAUCGAUGGAUCCAAGAACGUCAGUGGUCUCUGCCACCGUAGCGAGAUGGCUGACAAGCGAGUACAAGAUGCUCGCACCCUGUACAACGACGGUGAUGCUGUCAAGGCCAAGAUUAUCAACAUCGAUCGUGAACAAGGAAAGAUCUCAUUCUCGCUUAAGGCUUCUCACUUCCAAGAUGAGGAUAGUGAUGAUGAAGACAUGAGCGAAGAUAACCUCGGCGGUGUCGAGCUUGACGAGGAUGACAGUGGUGAUGAUGAUAUCUCCAUGGGUGGUGUUGAUGUUGAGGGUGACAGCGAUGACGAGGAUGAGGAGGAGGAUGAAGAUGAAGAGGACAGCGACGAUGAUGUUGCUAUGUCCGGAACCAAGCCCUCCAAGGAUGGUGGUCUUGGUGCUAGCGGUUUCGAUUGGAAUGGUGAUCUCCAAGAUCAAGCAGAGGAUUCAGCAGCUGGUAGCGAUGAUGAAGAUUCCAAGAAGAAAAAGAAGAAGAAGAGCAAGCCUGAAAUCCAGGUUGAUCGUACCGGUGACUUGGAUGCCAACGGCCCCCAGUCUGUCGCUGACUUCGAGCGUCUUCUGUUGGGUGAAGCUGAUUCCUCGCUACUGUGGCUUCAGUACAUGGCAUUCCAACUGGAGCUGGGUGAAGUUGAGAAGGCUCGCACUAUUGCUGAGCGUGCCCUUCGCACCAUCACUAUGGGACAAGAUUCCGAGAAGCUGAACAUCUGGGUGGCUCUUCUGAACUUGGAGAACACAUAUGGCGACGAUGACAGCCUUGAGGAGGUCUUCAAGCGUGCAUGCACAUUCAACGAUGCCCAGGAGAUUUACGACCGUAUGAUCAGCAUUUACAUCCAAUCCGGCAAAAACGAGAAAGCGGAUGAUCUUUUCCGAACCGCCAUGAAGAAGAAGAUCUCAAACCAAUCCCCCAAGUUCUUCCUUAACUACGCUAGCUUCCUCUUCGACACCUUGGCCGCUCCCGCACGUGGUCGCGGUCUUCUCGCUCGCGCCUUACAAUCUGUCCCCAAACACACUCACAUCGAUACCACUCUCAAAUUCGCCCAACUGGAGUUCCGAUCCGAGCACGGUGAUGCCGAGCACGGACGUACCGUGUUCGAGGGUCUCCUUUCCUCCUUCCCCAAGCGCAUUGACCUGUGGAACGUGCUUCUGGAUCUUGAAAUCAAGGUCGGUGAUGCCGAUCAAGUGCGCCGUCUGUUCGAGCGGGUUCUCGGUCUGCAACACAAGAAGGGUGCGAUCAACAUCGACGCCAGCAAGAAGCUUAAGCCCAAGCAAGCUACUUUCUUAUUCAAAAAGUGGCUUGCUUUUGAAGAGAAGUUGGUUGCUGCUGGUGGAGAUGAGAAGAUGGUGGAGAAUGUUCAAGCACGGGCUGCAGCUUAUGCGAAGUCUCUUCGACAGGAAGAGUAA